UUCCAAAAAUAAGUGUAUUGCAUUCAAUUCAAACACACUCCACGUAAGUUUCCUCGAAUUUCGUCCAUUCCUCAUUCAUUUAUGGAGUAUUUCCUCUUCUUCCUCAACCUCUAGUUCCCUUCUUCACCUUCUAAUCUCUAUUAGGGAUCUUCUCAGUUCUCACUCACAUUCUUACAGCAAACUUUUGGAACAGGGAAGAAGUGAAAUUUCUCAUGUCUACUGUAGGCAACUCCACCAAUAUUUUCUGGCAUGAAUGUCCUGUUGGAAAGAUUGAUAGGCAAAAGCUCCUUAAUCAGAAGGGAUGUGUUGUGUGGAUAACUGGUCUCAGUGGAUCAGGAAAAAGCACGCUAGCAUGCUCAUUAGGCAGAGAAUUGCACUCCAGGGGGAAGCUAUCUUAUGUACUUGAUGGAGACAAUCUUAGGCAUGGUUUAAACAAAAAUCUUGGCUUUGCAGCUGAGGACCGUGUUGAAAACAUACGCAGGGUUGGGGAAGUCGCGAAGCUAUUUGCAGACGCUGGCUUGAUUUGUGUUGCAAGUCUGAUAUCUCCAUAUAGAAAAGACCGUGAUGCUUGUCGUGCAAUGUUGCCAGACGGAAGUUUCAUUGAGGUUUUCAUGAACAUGCCCUUAGAAAUUUGUGAAGAAAGAGAUGCCAAAGGCUUGUAUAAGCUUGCACGUGCUGGGAAAAUUAAAGGUUUUACUGGAAUCGAUGAUCCUUAUGAACCACCAUUGAGUUGCGAGAUAGAACUGAAAAUGGUGGACGGUAUAUGUCCUACGCCGUUAGACAUGGCUGGGCAAGUAGCAUCAUACUUAGGCGAAAAAGGCUUCUUACAUUAUGAAUGACCAUUACCUUAUGAAUCAACAUUACUGUGGAAUUGUCUUGUUCAUGUUCAACCUUAUUGCUCUCUGAACAUGGAUUAUAAACCUAGAUAUUGCUUCUGGAAUGACGCCUCUUUAUCAAGGCAACAUCGACGUAUUAUUGUGAUGUUUGAGUUAACAGAAGCGCUUCCAUAGGUUUAUUCAUGGUCAAAGAUACUAGGAUUGUAUCUAUAGAAUCUGCAGAGGCUUCUUUAGCUUCUGGUUUAGAAGAAAAUAUGUCUUUUAGAUCUCUUCCGCUUGGUAUUUUUUAGAUCUUUUCUUAAAGGUGGAUACUGAAUACAGUUUUUACAUAAUUGUUAUCUAGUUUCGUCAGUUUAAAUACCAUCUUAUUAUUGUGUUGUA